CCGCGCUCGCGCAUCGUAAACACGCGUGUCCGGGACUGAAAGAUCUCUUUUGCAAAUCGGUCCGAUUAUCUUCAGAUAACAUGCGGCCAAUCAGACGACUGGAGCAGCCGAACGCGUAGUAGAGCCGAUCGAUCUUUCGCUCUUAUGAGAAAAACAAGUUUGUCGCGCGGUUCUACGAAUUCUUCUUUGUUCUCUUUCCUUCUAUUUCCGACGGACACACUGUGAGCUCCACUUUCGAGUCGCAAUCUACGAGAGAUUGACGAUAGGUCGACGAGCGCGAGGACGUGACAAUUGGUCUGUUCUUUUUAGCUGAACUGGCGGCACCGGUUGGAGAAACGUAUGCAUUGAAGCGCGCGUGAAUCUCGCGCACGAUUCUCAGUGUAAAUUCCUUCAAUUAGUGCAGCCAGUUCUACGAAGAAGAAAUACCUUGUACAUUAUCUUUCAUCACUCGCCGAACGCUCGUUGAACACGCGUCUAUCCACGAAUUGAUUUCAGAAAACUUGCGCCUUUGCGCGCAAUCAAAUGAUCGAUCUACGAUGGAUUGGUCGCACUGCGCGGCGCUGUGCUCGGCGGUUGCAAUCACGUCGCGACGGCUGUACCGUCCGUAUCUUGUUUUGACAAGUAUCAUAACACGAGUGGGCUGCGACGGUGAUCCGAAGGUUGAAACACAUGGAUCGCAGUUAAUUACAACCGUUCGCUCAUAGGACACUACUGAAACAUGGCACUGACGAAUAUUUUGUUGCUCAGUCAAAUAGCGGGCUACGUCGUGGCCCUCAUCCUAUCUCUCUGCAUCAUCGUGCCGAUGAGUCUGCACCAGAAUGAGUUCAGAGGACACUGUCUUCUAUUCUCAACUGGAGUGUGGCAAGAAUCUGACGGUCAAUUUGUCGUCAACUGGGCCUCACAGGCGUACUGCAAUUACACGAUAUUUGUCGGGCUGGUGCUUCUCAUUACAUCGGCUGUACAGAUAUACCGGUUGUCCUUGCUUAUGUAUCGUCAUGAAGACAGCUCGUUUCUCUCAGCGUUUGUCGAUGUGUGUAUGACAAAGAGGUUCCCGUCAUGCGAGUUAGCAGCUGGCAAUGACAUCGAUAAGGCCGAUGGUAUCGACACGUCCGGUUUCCACAUCGAGCUCGGCGCCGCCCACUUUGGUAUCUGGAGCAAUCUGACGGUUUGGGUCGGCCUGUCGGUAUUCGCAGUCUUGAAGCUGUUGAGGUACCAUCAACUGGAGAACAUGAAAGUCUCCAUGUACAGGGAGAGGCAGAGAUUGAUAGAGGCCACUACGAGUAAUCAGCAACCGGAACCGAGUUAAAAUGCUACCGUAUCUCUCAAAUCGUAUAAGAACGCGCUUCUCGUUAACUCACAAAAGCAUUGGAAAUUAUAUAUAUUUUUUUUUCCAAGAGCAUAUACUUUGCCUAAACAAUAAUACGAAUGAUUAAUCAUUCAUUUUUAUGCGCACACAGAAUCGUCGAGGACGUGUGCCAAUACACAUAAUGAAUGUCGCGCUUGAGUGGAAAUCAAUGCAGAUUCGAUUAACCGCAUAAUCCGAAAUAGGUGUAUAGUAUAGUUUAACGGUUCUUUUUUUUUUAUUGAACGAGUUAGUUUAUACGUACAUUGAUAUAUUUUUAGAAAAUGGCAAAAAGUGCAAACCUCGUUUGCAAUUGGGUGCAAGAUUCUUUUACAGUGAUCGCUCCCAACAUAAUUGUGGGCCGUUGUUUGUACAUAGUGCCCUAUGUUUUAUCGGCCAAAUGUGCCAGCAUAUUCCGUGAGUAUUCUAGCGUCAUUUGGCCGAUGAAACCUGGAAGACACUCUGUAUAAUCGACUUUCUAUUAGUUUUAGAUUAGAUUAUAAAAUUUGUAUAUAUAUAUGUCAUAUAUGAUAACAAUGUAUAUAUUCGGUGCAGACAUGUAACUCAAUAUGUAACAAACAAAUGCAAGCAUAGUUGUAGGAACAUGGUAAGAAAUUAAGAGAGAACUUAAUACUGUUUUUUUUGUAUAUAUUUUUCUGAUUAUAUAUGUGUGUGUAAGAGAUAUAAUAUACACAGAUCUAACCGAGUAUACAACGUCAGGAGGAGAGAUAAACUUGUUACACGAGCCUAUCGUUAUUUAAUACAUCAUUCGAGCAUAUCUGUAUCCUGAGCUGUGAAUACACGUGUACUACGACGUAAUAGUAUGUCAACGUGAUGCGGCCCAAUGUAAUGCGUCUAACCCUGGAACAUUCAAUAUACCUGUUGUUGCGAUAUA